UCGGUGUCGAUUGCACUUGUGUGUGCGUGUUGCACUCGAAAACUGUGUCAUUAUCGUUUCAUCGAACAAUCGUUUGUUUUCGGAGUCGAUGAAUCUUCUUGUUAUUCUUUCAUGAAACAUGAAAGGCCCAGAAUUAUUUGAGAUGGACGACACGAAUUCUAAUUCACUGAGGCUCGUGAAGAUGGUAUGUCCCUCGAGGGAAGAACUCAGUGUUAUUGUAAACAAUGUCAAGUGUAAUGAGUGUGGAUUGGUGUUUAAAAAUGAGCCUCGGUUAAAACUCCAUGAUUUAAAAGUUCAUCAGAAAAAGAAUCUCAAUAAAACUGUCAAGGAAUGCAUUAGGUACCACUGCCCUGAGCCCUCUUGCGUUUAUUCAUCAGAUUCUCCGCGAUUUUUCAGUACUAUGAAAUAUUUGAAACAGCAUUACCUCAAAGUUCAUGCGACGAAAAAAUACCCCUGCACACAGUGCGAUAAAUCUUUCUCAACAGAAGCUGCAACAGCCGCUCACAUGAGGGUUUGUGGAACGGAAUUUACGUGCAUGUGUUUUAAAAAAUUCUGUACUUAUGAGGCCCUUCUGACUCAUGCAAAACGAAAUGGUCACUCUGUUGACGAGAAAUAUCGAAAUUCAGGGAAACGUCAGGCCCCCAAGGCCCCUCUAUCCUUUGGUUUCCUCCAGCCAAUAAAAAAACCGAUAUCAAUUCUCCCCUAUAAACCACAAUUCACCCUGGAGUCCAAUUCUCCAAAUACCUCAAAUGCGGAGACUCAGACUGACGAUAUUUUACGUCGAGUCCGAAGGACUUUGACGCCCUCGAAAUCGAGGAAACGAAGAGAGUCUCGACAGACCCAGACCACUACCAAUACGUUGUCCAGAGAGAAGAAACCCAAGAAAACUGUGGAGACCCAGACAACCCCGAGUGUUCGAGAAUCUGCCAGAAAAUCUUCCAGGAAGUCCAGGAGAGAUCUCCAGGAGACGAACGACUUUACGAACGUUAAUUUAUUCCCAAAUCUCAAUCUCCAGCAUGACGAGGCACCUAUCACCUCUAAAUAUUACAGAGGAGGAAUCGACGUGGGAAUUCAGGACUUCUGGGAGGAGAGGAACACCCUGGGAACUCAGACAAGUCCUGGGAAGAAUCUCCUGGACGUAUUUAAUGACAGCGUAACCCAGACGAAUUUUUAUGAUCACGAGAAUCAGACGAUGGAGAACGUCUUCAAGACUGAGGACAGAAUUUCCUCUCCAGGUGGCUCAUACUCCAGGAUCUUCUAUCCCUCGACGAGUGGAUUAUCUCGAUCUGAUCCGAUGCUGACUGAAGAGACUUUCGGUGAUCGAUUCAGCAGCAUCGAGACCCAGACGGAGAAACCAUAUCCCCAGUCUAUUUUCGAUGACACUGGAAAUUUAUUGAGCUCCUCCAACACCGAGACCCAGACAACUGAGCAUUUUGAUAAUAUCGCUCAGCUUCUCUACAACAACAUGUGCACACAAACCUGCAAUGAUAUUCUGUCGUCUGAACUGGGACUCUCGGAUAUUCAGACUCAGACAGCCUGGCCUGAGCUCGAGGUCACUGGAGAUGACAAGGGUGAGGAUCAGGGAGAUGGGGAGAAAGAUAUUUCCAUGACGGGAUGCCGAUGGCUCAAUAUACAGACGAGUCACACAGAAACUCAGACUGAUUUACUCAGUAUUUUUGAUGAACUUCAGUAGUUAAUUUUAA